AUGCCUGGAUGCGCAUUGUCAGGUGUGCGCCUACUUUCAGAAGAUGAGGUCACUCAGCGUGCGACGAGUGCUUUGAGUUACUUCAGGGAAACCCGUGAGAUUAACCAGCAUGCCCGCAGCGUGGAGGAGAUGGAGGUGGCACUGGCUCGCGCCCGUCGGCGCCGGCAUUCGGAGGAACUUCGGCCAAAGCAGAUUCUCGCCUUGCAAGGAUUGCAGGAGGCAGCGGAGGAAGUGGACAGCGAGGAGCAUGAAGAAGUGCCCGAGCUGAAGACCCUCGCUGAGCGCAUGGGUUAUGGUGUUAAGCCCAACCAUCCGUCCAAGUGGAGGAAGAAGGCACCAGAAGAGAAGCCAAAGAAACCUGGAGGCUUCGCAAGCAUACAGGCUGGAAGUAACGAUCUAUUGGCACGACUUCGCCAGAGACGAGUCACAAUUGAGUGA